AUGACAUCCAUACGACCGCGGUCGUGUUUACAUGUCGCCCCUGGUCCCCCUAACGGACAGGCAAAGACAUGCGACAUCGAAAAGCAAAAUGAAGCCUCUCCCCAAGACGAGUCAUCGGAGAAACAAUCAAUGUUCUCAAGUCUCGGUCUCCUUGAUCAACUCUUGGCAUUAUGGAUUUUUCUUGCUAUGGCAAUUGGAAUUAUCCUAGGCAACUUUGUCCCAAAUACAGGUCCUGCCCUGCAAAGAGGGAAAUUUGUGGGUGUUUCAGUUCCUAUUGCCGUGGGUCUUCUCGUCAUGAUGUACCCCAUCCUGUGCAAGAUUCGGUUCGAAUCCCUGCAUCAUAUCUUCCGAGAGAAAGGUAUUUGGGUCCAGAUGGCCUUUAGUCUUGUUUUGAAUUGGGUCGUCGCCCCCUUUCUUAUGCUGGCUUUGGCUUGGGCGUUCUUGCCUGAUGAGCCAGAACUGCGACAGGGACUGAUCGUCGUUGGAUUAGCACGAUGCAUUGCUAUGGUACUUGUUUGGACAGGACUAGCCGGGGGCGAUAACGAAUAUUGCGCCAUCCUGGUCGCUCUCAACUCAGUGCUACAGAUGGUUCUUUUUGCUCCGAUGGGAGUCUUCUUUAUCAGCACUAUCAGCGGUGAUUCCGUCACAUUUGAAUAUUCAACAGCCGCCAAAAGUGUCGCUGUGUUCCUCGGAAUACCUCUAGGCGCCGCAAUCGUCACGCGGUUCGUUCUCCGACGAAUUUCUGCCAAAUGGUACGAUGAAGUCUUCCUGAAAUGGCUUAGCCCAUGGUCUCUCAUCGGCUUGUUAUUCACAAUUCUUGUGUUAUUCGCCUCGCAAGGCCGCCAUGUGGUCCAGCAAAUUGUCUCCGUGGUCCGAGUUGCAGCACCGCUCAUCGUUUAUUUCCUGAUCAUCUUCUUUGCGACCCUCUUUGUCACGCACAAAUUAGGGUUUGGCUACAAGUUGGCUACUGUGCAGAGCUUUACGGCUGCCAGUAACAAUUUUGAACUGGCAAUUGCUGUUGCGGUGGCGAUGUUUGGCGCGGAUAGCAACCAGGCUCUUGCGGCCACUGUCGGACCGCUCAUAGAGGUUCCUGUGCUGUUGGGUCUGGUAUAUGCUGUCAAAUGGAUAGCUAGACGAGUUGGCUGGGACGACUAA